UCUGGAAGUUUCUGCGCGCACCUGCAGAGACUCUCCGGUUUCAGCGGUGGUGCGUCAGCAGCAGCUGUGCUCGGGCGGACCCGCACUGGAAGCUCCAGAAGCUCCAGAAGCUCCAGAAGCUCCGGAAGCUCGUCCUCGCUGCUGCGCCGCGACAGGAUCUAUUCUUUGUCCUCUUUAUUGGAUUCUGGGGAGAUCACCGCGCCAGCUCUUUCUAGGGUGACCCGGGAGUGGCGGAAUCCCUUCGCAAUGCCAAAAUGGCGCCCGCGCUCCCUCUCCCAGGCACCGACGCGUUGCGCCUCUUCACCCCGGAAUCGCUGGCGAAGAUCGAUCGUCUCAAAGCGGAAGUGGAGAAAAAGGCUUCCAAAGUAGACAAAAGCGAAGAGGAGAAGAGGAAGAAAAAGGAGCAGGAGGAGGAGGAGAAGGAGGCGCCCCAUGCUGACUUGGAAGCCGGCAAGAAUCUGCCAUGGAUUUACGGAGACCCUCCGGCUGAGAUGAUCAACACGCCCCUGGAGGACCUGGACCCCUUCUACCGGGCCCAGAAGACCUUCAUCGUGCUCAGCAAAGGUAACACCAUCUACAGGUUCAACGCGGAGCCGGCCUGCUACCUUCUGAGCGCCUUCAGCCCCGUUAGAAGAGCGGCCAUCAAAAUCCUCAUCCAUUCAUUAUUCAGCAUGUUCAUCAUGAUCACCAUUCUGUCCAACUGUGUCUUCAUGACCAUGAGCAGCCCACCGGCGUGGAGUAAAAAUGUCGAGUACGCUUUUACCGGGAUUUACACCUUCGAGGCCACCGUCAAAGUAUUAUCUAGAGGCUUCUGCAUUGGCUCUUUUACAUUCCUUCGAGAUCCAUGGAACUGGCUGGACUUCAUGGUGAUCAGCAUGGCGUACAUCACAGAGUUUGUUGACCUCGGUAACGUGUCCGCCCUCAGGACGUUCCGUGUGCUUCGAGCCCUCAAAACAAUCACCGUGAUUCCUGGUCUGAAAACCAUUGUGGGCGCGCUGAUCCAGUCCGUGAAGAAAAUGGUGGACGUCAUGGUCCUGACGGUCUUCGCUCUCGCAGUGUUUGCCCUGGUGGGCUUGCAGCUGUUCAUGGGGAACCUGCGGCACAAGUGCGUGCGAUGGCCCAUCCACACAAACGAGACUGCCGACUGGUUCAACAUGACUGCCGCCUUGGAUGACUCGGCUGUUUUUAAUGAGACGGUGGGCGUCAACGGUACCGAUCUCGCCAAUGGUACCUUCAAUUUCCUGGACUACAUCGAGAACUCGGAUAACUACUACUUUCUGGAAGGCAGCAAAGAUCCUUUGGUGUGUGGGAACAGUUCUGACGCCGGACUCUGCCCUGAAGGCUACACCUGCAUGAAAGCUGGGGGGAACCCAAACUAUGGCUACACCAGCCUUGACUCUUUUGGCUGGGCUUUCCUGGCGCUCUUCAGACUCAUGACACAGGACUACUGGGAAAACCUAUUCCAGAUGAUCCUGCGGGCGGCCGGGAAAACCUACAUGCUGUUCUUCGUGGUGGUGAUCUUCCUGGGUUCCUUUUACCUCAUCAACCUAAUCCUGGCCGUGGUGGCCAUGGCAUAUGACGAGCAGAAUCAGGCCACGCAGCGAGAAGCCAGAGAGAAAGAGGAGGAGUUCCAGCGGAUCCUCGAGCAGCUCAAGAGUCAGGAGCAGGUUCAACUCUCUGGUAGUCAAACCUCUCUGAGCAGUAAGAAGUCACUCAGUCGGCCUUUGGCGUCCGAGCAGGCUGACGACGACCGCAGCCUCGAAUACGACAACGAUAUCAAGGACUGCAAUGGCAAGACGGUCCCCCGCCUGGUCGUCCAACCACAGACCUGCUCGGAGUCUGCUCCAGAUACCGAACCCAGGGAGAAGUCUUCAGGCUCUGUCCACAGCAUGCUUCAGGCGGACGACCCGGGCCGGACGCAGCGGCCUUCUAGCGCCAUGGAAGAGCUGGAGGACGCCCAGAGGCCGUGUCCGCCGGGCUGGUACAAGUUUGCCGACAUCUUCCUGAAGUGGAACUGCUGCGCUCCGUGGGUGGUCUUGAAGAAGCGUGUGCACCAGGUGGUGAUGGACCCCUUCGUGGACUUGGGCAUCACCAUCUGCAUCGUGCUCAACACCCUCUUCAUGGCCAUGGAGCACUACCCCAUGACCCCCGACUUUGAGGACGUCCUCUCUGUGGGGAACCUGGUUUUCACCGGGAUCUUCACGGCGGAGAUGUUCUUCAAGCUGAUCGCCAUGGAUCCUUACUACUACUUCCAAGUCGGCUGGAACAUUUUCGACAGCAUCAUCGUCACGCUCAGCCUGGUGGAGUUGGGACUGGCCAACGUCCAGGGUCUCUCCGUGCUGCGCUCCUUCCGUCUGCUUCGCGUCUUCAAGCUGGCCAAGUCCUGGCCCACGCUCAGCAUGCUCAUCAAGAUCAUCGGGAACUCCGUGGGCGCCCUGGGCAACCUGACGCUGGUGCUGGCCAUCAUCGUCUUCAUCUUUGCCGUGGUGGGCAUGCAGCUCUUCGGGAAGAGCUACAAGGACUGCGUGUGCAAGAUCGCUGAGGAUUGCGAGCUCCCACGCUGGCACAUGACCGACUUCUUCCACUCCUUCCUCAUCGUCUUCCGCAUUCUGUGCGGGGAGUGGAUCGAGACCAUGUGGGACUGCAUGGAGGUGGCCGGAGCCGGGAUGUGUCUCAUUGUCUUCAUGAUGGUCAUGGUCAUUGGGAAUCUCGUGGUCCUGAACCUCUUCCUGGCCCUGCUGCUCAGCUCCUUCAGCGGGGACAACCUGGCCUCGCCGGACGAGGACGGCGAAAUGAACAACCUCCAGAUCGCGGUGGCCAGACUCAAGCGGUGCGUGGCUUGGCUCAAGGCCACUUUGGUGGGGGUGCCUCAGAAGAUCCUGGGCAAGAAGUCCAAAGAGAGCCAGGAGGGCCGCAGGGAUGACGAGGACUCCAAUGCCGAGGCCAUGGAGAUGGAACUGGUGGACGGCGUGCUGGAUGUCAAAGUGGCCAACAGUAUGUUCAACUGUUUGGUGGAGGGGCGGACUUCUGGCGCCAUCGUGGACGGAGAGCUGGGUCUCGGCGCACCAAUAGCUAUGGCGGAGUCGGAUUUUGAAAACCUGGACAGCGACGACGAAGAGAACAUUGACGGCGAGGAGAGGGAGAAUCCCGGACGGAGUCUGCCUGCAGCGUUCAAACUGAUGGGGGUGCGGGUGGACGAUGGCGACUGGUCGGUGUGCAGCACGGCCGACUACCAGCCCCCCGAGGUCCAGGUCGAAGAGGAGGAGGAGGAUGAGCCUGAGCCUGUGGAGCCUGAAGCCUGCUUCACUGAGAACUGCGUGACGCGUUGGCCCUGUCUCGCUGCUGACCUCGGCACGGGCGCGGGUAGGCGAUGGUGGACGCUGAGGAAGACCUGCUUCGCCAUCGUGGAGCACGACUGGUUCGAGACCUUCAUCAUCUUCAUGAUCCUGCUGAGCAGCGGCGCCCUGGCAUUCGAGGACAUAAACAUCGAACGACGGCGGACCGUCAAGAUCAUCCUGGAGUAUGCCGACAAGAUUUUCACCUUGGUCUUUGUCUUGGAGAUGCUCCUGAAGUGGACCGCGUACGGCUUCAAGACCUACUUCACCAACUCCUGGUGCUGGCUGGACUUCUUCAUCGUGGACAUUUCCCUGAUAAGCUUGGUGGCCAACUGGCUGGGUUUCUCAGACCUGGGACCCAUCAAAUCCCUGCGAACCCUGAGGGCGCUGAGACCUCUUCGCGCCCUGUCCAGAUUCGAAGGCAUGAGGGUGGUGGUGAACGCCCUCCUGGGAGCCAUCCCCUCCAUCUUCAACGUGCUGCUGGUGUGCCUCAUCUUCUGGCUCAUCUUCAGCAUCAUGGGGGUCAACCUGUUCGCCGGCAAGUUCUACCGCUGCGUCAACACCACGUCGGGCGAGCGCUUCCCCGUGGCCGAGGUCAACAACGCCAGCGAGUGUGCGGCGCUGCAGGAGGCCCGCUGGGUCAACGUCAAGGUCAACUUCGACAACGUGGGGAAGGGCUACCUGUCUCUGCUGCAAGUGGCAACGUUCAAGGGUUGGAUGGACAUCAUGUACGCUGCUGUUGACUCUCGAGAGGUGGAGGAGCAGCCGUCCUACGAGGUCAACCUCUACAUGUACGUCUACUUCGUCAUCUUCAUCAUCUUCGGCUCCUUCUUCACGCUCAACCUCUUCAUCGGCGUCAUCAUCGACAACUUCAACCAGCAGAAGAAAAAGCUGGGAGACAAAGACAUCUUCAUGACGGAGGAACAGAAGAAAUACUACGAAGCCAUGAAGAAACUGGGCUCCAAGAAGCCGCAGAAGCCCAUUCCACGUCCCGCGAACUUCAUCCAGGGCUUGGUGUUUGACCUCAUCAGUCAGCAGUUCUUUGACAUCUUCAUCAUGGUGCUCAUCUGCCUCAACAUGGUCACCAUGAUGGUGGAGACCGACAACCAGAGUCUCGAGAAGGAGGACUUCCUCUUCAAGGUCAACCUGGCGUUCAUCGCGGUCUUCACCACCGAAUGUGUGCUCAAACUCUUCGCCCUGCGCCAAUACUUCUUCACCAACGGCUGGAACGUCUUUGAUUUCAUCGUCGUAAUCUUGUCCAUCGCUGGCACGAUGCUCUCCGACCUGAUCGAGAAGUACUUUGUGUCACCGACUCUUUUCCGGGUGAUCCGGCUGGCCAGAAUCGGUCGGAUCCUGCGUCUCAUUAAAGGAGCCAAAGGCAUCCGGACGCUGCUCUUCGCUCUGAUGAUGUCACUUCCCGCCCUGUUCAACAUUGGCCUCCUGCUCUUCCUCAUCAUGUUCAUCUUCUCCAUAUUUGGCAUGUCCAACUUCGCCUACGUCAAGAAGGAGGCGGGCAUCGACGACAUCUUCAAUUUCGAGACGUUCGGAAGUAGCAUCAUUUGCCUCUUUCAGAUAACCACGUCGGCCGGUUGGGACGGGCUUCUCCUUCCCAUGUUGAACACAGAGCCUCCGGACUGCGAUCCGGACUUCGAGAACCCGGGCACAGAUGUGAGAGGCAACUGUGGCAACCCGGGCAUGGGCAUGAUUUUCUUCUGCAGCUACAUCAUCAUCUCCUUCCUGGUGGUAGUCAACAUGUACAUCGCUAUCAUCCUAGAGAACUUUAACGUGGCGCAGGAAGAGAGCAGCGACGCACUCUGCGAGGACGACUUUGAGAUGUUCAACGAGACUUGGGAAAGGUUUGACACGGACGGAACCAUGUUCAUCGAGUACAGCCAGCUUUCGGACUUUUGCGACGCCUUGCAGGAGCCGCUGAGGGUGGCCAAGCCCAACCGGCUUCGCUUGAUCAAGAUGGACCUUCCGCUGGUCAUCGGGGAUCGGAUCCACUGCCUGGACGUCCUGAUAGCCGUCACGCAGAUGGUUCUGGGAGACACGCUAGAAAUGGUGGCCAUGCGGGAAAGCAUCGAGACCAAGUUCAUUAAGAGCAACCCCACCUCGGACUCCUUUGCACCUAUAACCACCACCGUGCGCCACAAGGAGGAGGAAUGGGCCGCCGCCGUCAUCAAGCGAGCCUUCCGGAGCCACCUGCUGAGACGCUGCCUGCGCUACGCUGCCUUCAUGCAGCGCUCCAAGAGGAGGGGCGUCCAGGUCGGAGAACCUCCAGAAGAAGAGGGACUGAUUGCACGGAAGAUGGAAGCUCUCUAUGGUAGCGACGCAUACCUUGGAAAGGAAAAGCCAUUAGGGACUCUGACAGCUGGGAUGGCGCCAGAAAGGCAAGACGGUAUUGAAGCCCAAAGGCCAAAUUCCCUGGCUAUACCUGUGGAAAUAACCAAUGAGGUGUUGCUACAUUCUGCCCCAGAUCGAAGCCCCAGGGAGUCAGUCGUGUAACAAAAACACAACCAGAUCCUUUGUCGCCAUCACAGACUUUACUGCUAUUGUUGUUUUGUAAACAUAUUGAAGUUAAAUCAUGUUUUGGAUUUCCCGAUACAUGCUCAGGCCUUUAUUUAAAUCAUAAGGAACCUUCUGAAACCUCUAGCAAGCAGUGGUGUAGUCCUCCAGGGCAGUCCAAAGACUACUUUUGCCUGUCUCAUCUCAAGAUUGAUUUUAUUUCGGUCUUGUCAUGGACUCAAACUUCAACACUUUGUCUUAACUGCUCAAAGUCUUAAACCUGAUUUGGUAUUGACUUCAUUCGGUCUUGUCCUUGGCACCAGAGCUCCUUGCCUUGAUCUCAGUUUCAGCUCCUAAAGGUCUUGAACUUAAAUUGGUGUCAACUUCUCAAAUUGUUGCUCUCAACCUUACUUUGUUCUCAUCUUCUCAAAGUCUUGGUCUUAACUUGGUUUUCACCUGUUUUGAUCUUGCUCUUGACUCAAGGGUUCAUUAACUUGGUCUUGAUCUUAAUUACUCAAAGUCUAUGUUUGGUCUUGACCUCUUUUUGGCCCGUCCUUCACUUGACCACACAUUGCCUCGGUAUCUGUCUUGCCUUGGUCUCAACUCCUCAAAGUCUUGGACUUGAUUGAAUCCUGAUUCAGUCUCACAUCUGCCUUGUUUCUGGAUUUUGAUUGUGAUCUCAAAGGUCUUGACCUUGAAUUGGUGUCAACUUCUCAAGUUGGUGCUCUCAACCUUACAUUGUUCUCAUCUUCUCAAAGUCUUGGUCUUAACUUGGUUUUCACAUGUUUUGAUCUUGCUCUUGACUCAAGGGUUCAUUAACUUGGUCUUGAUCUUAAUUACUCAAAGUCUAUGUUUGGUCUUGACCUCUUUUUGGCCCGUCCUUCACUUGACCACACAUUGCCUCGGUAUCUGUCUUGCCUUGGUCUCAACUCCUCAAAGUCUUGGACUUGAUUGAAUCCUGAUUCAGUCUCACAUCUGCCUUGUUUCUGGAUUUUGAUUGUGAUCUCAAAGGUCUUGACCUUGAAUUGGUGUCAACUUCUCAAGUUGUUGCUCUCAACCUUACAUUGUUCUCAUCUUCUCAAAGUCUUGGUCUUAACUUGGUUUUCACAUGUUUUGAUCUUGCUCUUGACUCAAGGGUUCAUUAACUUGGUCUUGAUCUUAAUUACUCAAAGUCUAUGUUUGGUCUUGACCUCUUUUUGGCCCGGCCUUCACUUGACAACACAUUGCCUCGGUAUCUGUCCUGCCUUGGUAUGAACUCCUCAAAGUCUUGGACUUGAUUGAAUCCUGAUUCAGUCUCACAUCUGCCUUGUUUCUGGAUUUUGAUUGUGAUCUCAAAUGUCGUGGUCUUGUCUUAAGUUUGACCUGUGUUGGUCUUGAAGACUCAGGCGCGAAUUGCUUUGAUUUUAAUCUCAACUGCUUAAAGUUUUAGCCUUGACCUGGUGUCACAUUUUCCUAAUAUUGGUCUCAAGUCUCAAAUCAGUUGGUUUUACAUCCUCAAAGUCUUCAUCCUGACUUUGUCUUGACAUGUUUUGGUCGAGUCUUACACUCAAGUCUUCAAAGCUUUGGUCUCAACUAGCUUUAGUCCUGGUCUCGACUGAGUCUUGCAUAGCUUCUUAGUUUCAACUCUUUAAAAAACUCUGGUCAGGGAUUAUGGGGUCUUCUCGCUGGUUCAAGAAAUCCAAAGCAGUGGGCUCUGAAUUCUGUGGUAUGUUCGGUUCUUAGAGGACACGAGUAACCUGCUUGAUGUAAGUCAGACAGACUUGCUCGUGGUCAAUUGCUUCUUUUCUCCGCGAUCCAAGUCCAAAACCACUUGAUCCUCCCUGGUUGGCUAACACUUAGCAAGGCACGCUUGAAUAUUGCACUAUUAUUUUUAGGCCGUCUAGGUGGAGUUGCAACUGAUAUCCAGGACAACUUCAGGAUGUUUUUGUUUCAUCCUUGAAGUUUACAUGACCCCUCCGACUUUGCUUUUGUACGCCUGUGAAAUUGUUCUCUCACUUUCUGUCUUAAAAAGUAUUUAUAAAUGUUGAGUUGUGUGUCCUAUAGGAGUCAAACAUUGUGGGUUUUUUUUGUUGAAGAACUCCUUCCAGUUUUUAGUUGUAACUUGACCUGUGCUGCUCACCAAACUUUGUUUACAUUUCCUGCGAUGAUAUUCAGUUUAUUCACAAUAAACUACUUAAAAGAG